GACAAGGUCUACUUUCAUUUUGAUCUCGUGAUUUAUUACAACGUAAUAUUCGAGAUUUAUCUAAGAGUCCACAACAGUAUGUGCAUUUCUCAAAAAUAUCAUUUAUGUUGGUCGUAGUGAAGUGAAUGAUUGCCGCCAGUGCCAACAUAGGAAAGUUUUGAGGUCACAGUUCAUUAACGAUCAGCUACUGGUGGGACAGGUUGUGGAUAGCCAUGGUGUGUCAAGGGCUAGCAUUUCUCCCCUUGAUAACAGUCAUUGUGCCUAUUGUAGCUUUCAUUACAGCUUAUGUGUUUGCUGUUCUUCGAAAAGAUGUCAAUCCUUACUUUCCAUAUAUAAGUGACACGGGAACAAGAAUCCCUGAAAGUUGUGUAUUUGGUCAACUUUUGAAUAUAUCAUCCGCUAUAGCCAUCUGCACUAUAUAUGUACGGUACAAGCUUGUUCAAAGCAUGGUUCAACUUGGAGAUGCCUCCAUUAUGAGCUACAAUAAACACACCAUUGUAUGGGGAUCAUUGGCUGUUCUAGGACUAAGUUUGGUAGCAAAUUUCCAGGAAACCUCAGUGGAGGUUGUUCAUGUUAUAGGAGCGACAUUUGUGUUAGGUUUUGGAGUGGUUUAUGAGUUUCUCCAAACAUCAAUAUCAUAUAAAAUGUAUCCAGUCUGCAACGGUCUACGUAUCUGUAGAAUUCGCCUUGUGAUUAGCAUAAUAUCACUCAUCGGUUUCAUAAUGAGCUUAGUCUUUGCUGCUAUUUCCAGGUACCAAGGUCAUCCCAAGGACAGGCUUCAUUGGAAACCCUCGGACGGUGGAUAUACCACUCAUAUAAUAAGUUCAGUAUCCGAAUGGAUCACGGCUAUUGCUUUCCUCUUUUUCUUCACUACGUACGUCAAGGAUUUCAGCAAGAUGAAGUUAGAUGUCGUGGCCCGGGUACGGGUUCAACACCUCGAUGAACCCGUGUACGACGACUUAAGCGAGGACUCCCGACUUAUUACAUAGAACGACUAGAACAGGGGUCGGAUGAAGAGUAUUAGAUUUGCUUACGCAUAUUCAAAGGAUGUGAAUCUACAUGCGGCUUGUUUUUAAGAUUUACAUAUUCUUGUCUGGACCUUUAUAAGAAUAAUGCAGACAUUUUUGUUUUAUCAUCGAUUUGUUUUAUUUUGAAUUUCAUUUUUUUAAGGAAUCUCACUUUAAACUGGUGGAUUGUAUUUAAUACUUUUUAAUGCUUGUAGAAUUUUUAUUACUGAUUAAAAUGUAUAGCACUUGAAUUUAUUUGACUGAUUUGCCCUGUAAAGUUUUUUUUUCACAAUUAUCGAUACAAUUUUUUUCUCGUAACCAAUGAUGUUUUGAUUAUUGUCUGGCUUUUUGUCAGAGGCAACUUUUACUUACUUUGGACAUUCAUGUACAUGUAGAUCUGGUGGGGAAAAUUUACACUAUGUAUUCCUUUUUUCCAACAACAUAUACUUUAAUUUAUAUAAGCCAUUAAAUAAAUGCAUUGCAUUGAAACAGCGCAAGCAUUAGUAUCAUCAUUUGACAAACAGUGUGAGCACAAGCCAAAACAUGGUUGUAACAAUGCAUUGCUGUAAAAAUAUUUUUGUGUCUUUCAUAUUUUAUUUUGAAAUGGUUAAUUAAAGGCAUUACAUGUAAACGGUAUUAAAAAUUAUUUAAUUAGUAUUUUAAUAUACUUUAUAUGUGAAAAAAAAAAUAAAAGGGGGAACCAUUUUAUAAAGGAAAAUGGAAAGCUGAACAGAAUGGAACGAUGAAACCAAUGCAAGUGUAUAACUAAAUGUCUAAGUAUAUUUGGUACUGUUUUCUGAAUUAUUUUGUUCCCUUUUUUAUUGGUUCAAAUGCACGUAUGUGCGCGAUUUAUUUUGUUUUCAUUACUUUAUAUAUCGAAAAGUGAAAAUAAAACUGGUUUUAUCCCAA